CUCAUUCCUUUGGUUUGGACUAAAUAUAGGAAGGGGGAGGGGGCAUGGGUGGUUUAUGGCCCCAAAUUCAUUUGAUUGCUGCAACCCCCCGUGUAUAUAAAGGAUGCACAAUAUCAACAACUUUUUCUAUCUACCUACCUCACUGUACAUAAUAACAUUAAUUGUGCCCCUCCACAUUCAGAAAGAAAACCACCAAAAAAAAAAGAAAAAUAUACUAGAUAGAGAAGGAAAAGAAAAAAAGAGAGAGGGAGAGAUAGAGUUAAUUCUUUAAAAGAGCAAUAGAGCAGCGAAGGUUACGUAAACUCUGCAUUUAUGCCAAUAUUCUUGGUGUAUGAUCAGCAAUAUUUUAUUGUCUCUUUCAAAGAAUUACCAUUUACCACCACCUUACUAGCAGUAGCAGAGCAGAAUGGUUGAGGCAGGAGUCUCACAGGCAGACAAAACUGAGUUCACCGAGUGCUGGAAGACAUCAUGGAGAACACCUUAUAUUAUGAGGUUAGCCUUAUCAGCUGGCAUCGGGGGCCUGCUCUUUGGAUAUGACACUGGUGUUAUCUCUGGUGCCCUCCUCUACAUAAGAGAGGAUUUUCCAGUCGUUGAUAAGAAGACAUGGCUACAGGAAACCAUAGUGAGCAUGGCUGUUGCUGGUGCCAUCUUCGGUGCUGCAAUCGGUGGAUGGAUGAACGACCGGUUUGGAAGAAGAAUAUCGAUUAUGGUAGCUGACCUUCUCUUCUUUGCUGGUGCAGUUAUUAUGGCUGCUGCUCCAGCCCCAUGGAUGAUCAUCCUUGGUAGAGUUUUUGUGGGAUUGGGAGUUGGGAUGGCAUCUAUGACUGCUCCUCUUUACAUUUCAGAAGCUUCCCCUCACAGGAUUAGAGGCGCACUUGUCAGCACCAACGGUUUUCUUAUCACUGGAGGCCAGUUUCUCUCAUAUCUUAUCAAUCUAGCAUUCACACAUGUCAAUGGGACAUGGCGCUGGAUGCUCGGCAUUGCUGGUCUUCCUGCAGUCAUUCAGUUUAUUUUGAUGCUCUCUCUCCCCGAGUCCCCAAGAUGGCUUUUCAGAAAUGGUAAAGAGGAAGACGCAAAGUCCAUCUUAGAGAAAAUUUACCGUCCUGAAGAAGUUGAGGAUGAGCUGCAAUCUCUGCAACAAUCGACUGAGCAAGAGAAGCAGGAGCAAGCGGCAGACGGUGGUUUCUUCGGUCAACUCAAGCAUGCCUGGAAGAAUGAUGUAGUAAGAAGGGGGCUGUAUGCUGGCAUUACGGUUCAAGUGGCUCAGCAGUUUGUGGGUAUAAACACAGUUAUGUACUACAGCCCAACAAUUAUCCAGUUUGCAGGAUUCGCAUCAAAUAAGACAGCUAUGGCACUGUCUCUUAUAACUUCUGGCCUAAAUGCCAUUGGCUCCGUAGUCAGCAUGUGCUUUGUAGAUCGCUACGGAAGGAGGAGACUAAUGAUUAUUUCCAUGAUAGGGAUCAUUUCUUGCCUUGUGGUGCUGUCUAUAGUCUUUUUCCAAGCCUCUGUUACUGCCCCCAAAAUCAGCGCAACAGAGACUGCAUUUUUCGGUGGUAACUCCACUUGCCAAGCUUAUACCAAAGCGAAUGAUGCAGCAGCUUGGGGCUGCGUGAGAUGUUUGGGAAAACAAGCUAGUUGCGGUUACUGCUCAGCAGCAGGUGGCGUAUAUCAACCCGGUGCAUGUCUAGAAGUGAAUGACGCGGUGAAAGGUGCAUGCCGAGCAGCAAAAAGAACAUGGUAUACAGAAGGCUGCCCGAGCAAGAUUGGAUUCUUGGCAGUGAUAUUCCUGGCCUUGUACAUCAUUAUCUACUCCCCCGGGAUGGGCACUGUGCCAUGGAUUGUCAACUCUGAGAUAUACCCACUCAAGUACAGAGGGCUUGGUGGAGGGAUUGCUGCGGUGUCGAAUUGGAGUGCAAAUCUGGUGGUCAGCGAGACAUUCUUAACAUUGACUGAGCAUCUGGGUUCUUCUGGAACCUUCCUAUUAUUUGCAGGGUUUUCAUUGAUUGGACUCGUGUCUAUUUUCCUCCUCGUGCCAGAAACCAAAGGGCUGCAGUUUGGGGAAGUGGAGAAGUUGUUGGAGAAAGGGUACUCCCCAUUCAAGAAGAGUAGCAAGAAAGUUAAAAAAGAUAAAGAAGAUCACAACAGUUAACUUAAGCUGUCCAGAAAUUUACAAGAUGCUGGAGAACGGGCACGUCUGUAUUCAUUGCAACUAGUUUGCUACAAUUAUAAUUGGGUCUUAGAUAAAACAAUCUUCUGCAGUUGUAAAUUUGUAAAUUAUCUACCUAUAUACAUAUAUAUAACUAUCGGAAUAAAACAGCUAGUUCAAGUAGCUA